CGCCGGCGGCGGGAGGGGCCGCGUCCCUCCGCCACAAGCCGGGUCCGCGGCAGGCGGCGGCAGAGCGGAGAGGCAGGCUAGGGCUAGUGCCAGUGCCGACAGGUUCGUGCCUCCCUGCGCUGCUCUUCCCGCCGGCGGCAUGAAGGUCGAGUUUGCACCCCUCAACGUUCCUUUGCAGAGGAGGAUCCAGACGGUCGCUGUGCUGCAGUGGAUCUUCUCCUUCCUCCUGCUGGCAGAGGUUUGCUGUGGAUUGUUCGUGGUCCUGAUCCUGAGCAACUUCUGGUUCCUCGGUGUUCUGUACCUGCUGUGGCUGUACCUUGACUGGGAAGUGCCCUGCAGAGGUGGCCGACGGUCCCAGUGGGUCAGAAGCUGGACUGUUUGGAAGUACUUUAGGGACUAUUUUCCCAUUACCCUUAUCAAAACAACUGAUCUGAGUCCGGAUCACAACUACAUACUUGGCUUUCAUCCUCAUGGGGUCCUGGCAGCUGGAGCCUUUGGAAACUUUUGCACAGGUUCAAGUUUCAGAGCUUUAUUUCCUGGGCUUACUCCGUACCUUCAUAUCAUGCCCAUCUGGUUCAGCUGCCCCUUCUUCAGGGAGUACAUCAUGAGUGCUGGAAUGGUUUCUGCAUCCAAGGAGAGCGUCUCAUAUGUGCUGAGUAAGAAAGGAGGCGGCCACGCGUCUGUCAUCGUGAUCGGAGGGGCAGAGGAGUCGCUGAAUGCACAUCCUGGGGGCCUAACUUUGAACAUCCUGAAGAGGAAGGGCUUCAUUAAAAUGGCCUUGAAGCACGGGGCUCAUCUGGUCCCUGUCUUUUGCUUUGGUGAGAAUGAGCUAUUCAAGCAAGUUCCAAACCCCAAAGGGUCAUGGCUCAGGACCGUGCAGGAGAAGCUGCAGAAGAUAAUGGGCUUUGCUUUACCGCUGUUCCACGCCAGGGGAGUAUUUCAGUACACCUUUGGCUUAAUUCCUUACAGACAACCUCUGCAUACUGUGGUGGGAAGCCCCAUCCCUGUACAGCAGAACCUGAACCCCAGCCCUGAAGAGAUUGAACAGCUACAUGCAUUGUACCUGCAGAAACUCAGAUCGUUGUUUGAAGAGCACAAAAGGAAUUACGGCAUCCCCGAGCAGAAAACUCUGGUCUUUGAGUAGUGAAUGCCAUCUGCAUUUCCAAACCUGAUGGAAAAAGCCAGUGUAUGGUGAAAGAUGCCUUUCUUGCAACCUGUAUUUUGCAAUCUGUAAUUAUCCUUGUGUAAGGAACAAAUUUAAGAAGGGAUUAUUAGAUGGUUUAUUGAUUUUUAUCUUACUGUGUUGGGAAAAAAACAAGCCUGAGUGUGUGAGCCUCGAAGCCAGUGCUGUUUUGAGUUGUCUGCUUAGGUUCAUCCAUACCAGAGACUCCUCACAGAUGUUUGUACAGCCACAGUUCUCAAUCACAGCUCGAGCAGAAAUUGCUUGAGCACAAGAACAUGAGCAGGAAGAGUAUAAACCUGAGCCAGCUUUGCUGAGAAGCUCAGAGAUUUAACCAGCAUGUGUCGAACACAGCAUCAGGGGUGUUUGAUACCUGCUGCUCUUCCCUUGAUCUGAAGGUCUAUGUUUGCUGCAGAGGGCUUUUAUAAGCUAUUUACAUGUCAAUUCAAGACUAAAUAGCAGCUCUCUGCCCUGGAGAGGAUAUCAGCAAAAGUGGUUUGUCCAAGUCUGGGAGCAGAGCAGAGCUUGGCUGGUGGGAAGCACUGAAUGAUGUGACUGUUUUGGAUAAACUGUGCUUGGGGGCAUUGGUUUGGAAGAUAAGCAGCUUUGUUGGGUAGUUCCAGGCACAGAUUGUGUCAAGGACUAGAGCUGGGCUGGCCACUAAAGUGAGACAUUCUCUAUGAAUCCCUCUCCCUUCCCAAAGAUAAAAGAAAGGGAAUAAGGGACAGAGCCUGAUGGGUUAGAAAACAAAACUAAAGCAGUUUGCAUGGAAAUAAUAAAAUGAAACUGGUACAAAUAGAA